AUGGCUCCGACUUCUAGAUCUAGCAAAGUAAGGCCGUCGGACGUGGCAGCCGACACCAAGAGGAACUUCAUACCUCUUGUCAAGGCCAAAUACUCCGAGGUGUUUCCUCCAUAUUCUAUCCUCUACCGGCAACCUACGGUGCAGCUUGAUAUCCCCCGCCGGAAGGCGACUACUCGUCCUCCGGUGUUUCGAGUAGAAUAUGGCGAUCCUGUCAUGAGAGCCAUCUACUAUGCCGCCAUGGAUAGUGAGUCUAGUGAGGCGGCAGGGGGUCCGAGAAUUCGGAUUCCCUUCAUCUGCGCCGCCAAUGAGCGUCGUCCUGGGGGAGACUGGGAGACUGGCUGCUCCGGCUACGAGGAGAGGCUUUGUCGACGAAGCAACCUCUCAGCUACGUUGAGCACCCCAUGGCCGACGGUGGGAGAGGUGUCCCACUAUCCGAUUCCCACUCCUGGGGGCAUUCUCUCUGACUCGGUGGUUGUUUGCCGUGGACCUCACGAGCGGUACGAACAGCUCGAUCGCUGGUUUGAUCUGCCAGUCAUCUCCGUCGCCCCAACAAGAUGGCCCAAGCUCACAGAGAACGGGACCAAAUAUUCUUUUUCGGCAGAGAAGGACAUGAUUCGAGAAAAAAUCCGUGGCGCCCUUCGGAUUUGUCUAUACAACAACUACGAUCGGGUAGUGAUUGGCGACUUUGGCCUCGGCAAUGGCUACCGCAACCCACCCAAGGAACUCGCUGAGAUUUGGCGGGACAUCUUCCUCUUUGAUCCCGACCUCCGCGGUCAGUUCUCAUAUGUCAUUUUCGUCUUUGAGGAUCCCGCACAGAGCACGACUCGCCUGAUCCACGAAGAGAUGCGGAAGAAGGACCAAAAGAGCAGCGGCGUGUCGAAGCCAAAGAUGCCCCUUGGCCCUGGUGGUAACGGCCCUACCGACAUGGACAUCUUCGAGGGCGUCUUUGACCCUACAGAGAUUGAGCAUGUUCUUUGCCGACCAGACCCCCGAUACGCACUUGACAUGAUCACUUCGUGA